AUAGCAACCCUGAGCAGCGCUUCCCUGGCUUUCCCUCUUUCCAACCUUCCUCCCCAACUCCAACUCCCUAUCCCCUGAGGCCCAUCAUAGAGUCCCCUUAGACCCUUCCGUCUCCCCUCCCGCCGAGUAGCCCAAGAUUUCAACCUAUCUGCCAGGGGGAUGGCAUCCACAUCUGCCAGGAAUGGGGAUAGAAAGGACAGCUGGCCAUCUCAAACUUCAGCCUCCUUAGGUGGAGCGCAGAAAGUCUCAUUAUCCCGGUCUGAAGAAUUCCUGACCCAGAUCAGCACAGAACUUACUGAUGAAGCCCUGUUUAUUGCUCGCUCCCACUUGAACUCUGUGCCCAUGAAUGAAAAGCAGACAAAAGACCAAGGGACUCAGAUAUCUAGACAUGUGUUCGUCAACAAAACCCGCGGCACAGACACGCGCUCUGACAGAAAUCGCACCCGCACCAAGGCACACCUUCUGCCAUCUCCUCGUGAAAAGGGACCACUCCCUAACAGCCUGACAACUGGAGGAUGAGCCCUACUCUCCCUACUGCUGCACUCUCGGCCUCCUGCCCUCCCCAAUUUGCCCCUCAGUGAAAGCCUCAAAGCCCCUCUUUUGCAACUAGCUAAACACCUCAUCUUGGGAGGAACUCCUGGUCAUCAGCAAUGCCACCUUUGAAACCAACGACGUCUCUGGACCUGUUGCAGGACUUCUCCACCUUCCAUGGGCAAUACACUACUGAGGAGAAAGUUUUAAUAAAGAGCCAGGAACCCUCCCUUCCCCCACA